CCAAUCUACAAAAUGAGUGCGAAAAAAAAUGCGGUUAUUGGAAAUAGUUUUGUCAUGCGCCGGAUGUGGCAGAUUUCUGCGUGAAUUUUCGCUGCGCAUGCCCAGUUUACGUACUGAAGUAUUACGUAUAGUUGCUAAACAUCGAAGUGAGGUGGUCCAGAAAUUAAUGACGGAUGUCUAUGUUUUAUGAGUGGUUUCAUUUAUCAGUUAUCACUUUUACGCCAAAGAUUAGGUCAUAUCUAAGCUGAAAUCUAAUUGGCUUUUCGCGAAAGAAGCUCAAACCAAGGCAAGGUUUUUCCUAAAAUGGAAAAAUAACUGGCAAAUCCCUCCAAAGCUAUCACCAAACGGAUUUAAAAAAAUUGUCAAUCCAUCACUUGAAAAUUGUCAACGGUUAAAUAAUAUGAAUAAUCAAUAUGCAUAUUCAUUUUCCUUGGUCAGACACAAAAUAUUGCCUUAUUUUUAAGUUCAUUUUUCAUACGAUAUUCUCUGAUCAGGUCCUAAUAUGUUGAAUGUUUACGAAAAGCAGUCUUCCUUAUUACGUUCGACCAGCCACGUAUGGCAAGUUGCAAAAAAAUGCCAAACGUUUAGCACCUUGAAACACUAUAUAGGCUAUUGCAUACAAUUCAAGAAAGGUCGACGGAAGCUUUGUGAAGUAUAAAUGCCAAUAUUUGCACACAUGAACACACUCGAAUACGUCUAAGUUGGUGUUGAGCGCUGAAACGUAUAGAACAGAGUGUUUUGUCUUGGUAUACGACGGUACGAGACGUGCGAUGCAAGUAUAGCGAAUUAUUCCGUAGGGGCAAAAUCAACAAAAAAAUCCAAAGGAAGUGAUUGGUUGUCACGGAAUGAGAGAAACAUGCCUGCAAACAAGAUAUUUGCAGUAGUCGAGGGAUAACAACGACGUGAUAUGCAACAAAUGCGCACAUCCUGAACCAUUUUGUACAAAGACAAGUCAGACGAGUUAAUCAUUCAAGUUCGGAGCUGAGAAGUUGAUGGUGAAAAUGUGGACGAACUUCGUUGCCCUUGUUUCCAUAUUUCUGCUGAACAUCCGCCACGUACAAGCAAAGGUGUAUGAUUGGGGACGUUGGGGGACAUGGUCACAAUGUAGCGAGGCGUGUGGCAAAGGCAUCGAGACACGCCAUCAUCGUUGUUUUAUAACAAGUUCCCAAGGAUCGGUUGGAACCAGCGUCCACAACCGUUACUGCCGAGGCCACUCGUUGGAGUUUCGAUUCUGUUUUGUAAAGGAGUGCGCAAAUGAUGAGUGGACCUUCCCUCAGCCCAGAGUCACAUAUCCUGACGCGUACAGAUUCCGAGCUCAGCAGUGCUCGGAAUUCGACAAGAAAUUGUACAAUGGCAAAAGCAUCAAGUGGCUGCCGUAUUUGAGAGCGCACCUGGAUGAAUGUAAGCUAUACUGCUUGGCAUCUGGUCACAAAUUUUAUGCCAAGUUGAAAAACCAUGUGGAAAAUGGCACUCCGUGUGGAAAAAUAUACUCCAAAGUUUGCAUAGAAGGAAAAUGUCAGAAGCGACCCAGUGGAUGUCAGUCGCUCGAUGGACCAUGUUUAGUUGACGAAAGAAAAAAGAUUCUUGGCGUCUUCAAUUCCACCCAACUAAACAUAGGUUAUAAUCUUGUGGCAACGAUACCAGCCGGAGCUACGAAUAUCACUAUUGAAGAGUUGUCAAGAUCUCGUAGUUAUUUGGCACUAAAAGAUCACAACAGUGGAACAUACCAUCUGAAUGGUCAUUGGAUGAUCAGUUUAUCAAAGACCUUCAAAAUGGCAACCUCGCACGUGACAUAUACUCGCAAUGGAAAUACCAGACACGGAGGAGAGGUGAUCACAAUCAAUGGUCCUCUUGGAAACAGUCUCGACAUAAUGUUGAUUUAUCAAAGAGAUCCGUCCAUCAUAACGUACUCAUAUCUCGUCACAAAAGACGACUACCAGAAAAUAAAACGUAAGUCAAGAGUCGCAGGUGAGAUUCUUUACUUCCCCAACACUCAAAAGAGCGUACAGCCCACGGAGCAGGCGCAAAACGGCGGACAAGCGUCUUUACAGAGAAGCAGUCAGGAAGGAGAGAGCAUAACAUUCCGUGGAGGGGAGGGACAAACAUCCUUGCCUAACAAUGGUGGACAAAGCCGGGCGUCCCGCCCUGGCGCGGGCAGAAAUACCGAUGAGGGAGAAUCCAUUUCAUUCCCAGCUGGACAAAGACAGACGGGCAAUGCAGGCAGUCACAGACAAGGUUUUAGCUACCCGCAUUUGUCCACUGGAAGACGGCAGGUGUACAACAGGGAGCAAACCGACAGGGAUGAGCAGGCAUCAUCACAUGGUUCCUCCUGGGUUCAGUUUGGAGGAGAAACUGGCCAGGAUAAACAGCCUUCCAGAUCUUCAACCCAGUUGGCUGAACGACCAAUUCUCAAACAGCAAGUCUAUAAGCCUAAGAGGACAAGUGUUCCUUGGCGUAGUGCUAACUCCGAGAAUCGAGGACGAACGUGGCAGAAUCAGGAUGCCAAGAAACAGUUUUACACCAGUGGUCAAGAACAGAAUGACGGCGUGCAGAGAGGAUAUACAUGGAAGAUGUUUGGGUUCACAGCUUGCUCGUCAUCUUGUGCAGGAGGUAUUCAGUCACGAAUAGUGAAGUGCACGCGUGCCGUAACAGGAGAGGCCGCAGCAAGCAAUCGAUGUGACCCUCGGACAAGACCUCAGGAAACAAGACGAGCUUGCAACUUGCAACCUUGUCCGGCAAGUUGGGUGACGCAAGAAUGGCAAGCUUGCUCGAAGACAUGCGGGAAGGGAGAGCAAGUGAGAGAUCUCAUGUGUAAACAAACGAUUGAUAGAAAUGGUGAAAAAAUCACAGUCAUGCUUCCUGUUGUUCGAUGUCCGACUCGAUCCAGACCCAGCGUGAUACGAGAGUGUGAAGUUAGGGAAUGCCCUGAACAGUCUAGACCUAAAUGGAUAGCAAACGACUGGGGUCAGUGCUCAGUGGAUUGCGGUCAUGGUGUGCGCAGACGAACUAUCGCUUGCAAGAAUUCCAGGAACGAAACUGUCGAUGACUCGCAAUGUCUGUGGAUGAGGAAACCCGUUUUGAUGAAGUCAUGUUACCUUGGCUUGUGUAGGGGGGAGUGGUAUCAUCGUCCAGAAUGGUCUCAGUGUUCCCGGACAUGUGGGGGAGGUCUGCGUGGUCGGCCUGUCGUGUGCGCAAGAAUAGACGGGGGCAAGUUCAAAGAGAAACAUUGUGUGGGUAAAACCAAGCCAGCGCAUGAACAGAACUGCAAUACCCAACGCUGUAGAGGAAUAUGGGUCGCGUCGGAGUGGAGCGAGUGCACUACAGACUGCGGCAAAGGGCUUCAACUACGGAUCGUGCUAUGUAUGAAACCUGCAAACGGAAACUACCUAGUAACGUCUGAUGCAGAUUGCUCGCUGGAUGAUAAACCCGCUGUGCGCAAGGAAUGCAGCCGCGAGUGUGGACCAACUUGGUUUUCAACUGCGUGGACUAAGUGCUCGGUGUCCUGUGGUAGUGGAGUCGAGACUCGUCGUGCCUCGUGUCUGAACGGCGAGGGAAACCGAGUGGGCGGUUGCAAAGCCUGGGAACGACCUCAACUACGGCGAACGUGUAACCUCAGAGCGUGUCCUGGAAGCAGGCCCGUGAAAAGCAGCGUGACGAGCACGUGCAAAGACAAUCCACCGCGUCGGUUCAAACGAUACUGUCAUAUUAUCAAACGUAUUAAUUACUGUCGUAUAGCGAGCUAUAGACGACGUUGCUGUGAGACCUGCGCCACCAGUCCUACGAUACUCGGCAGACAUAUUUAAAAACAAUAAAGCAUGAAUAAGUAUACACAAGCCUUUGUAUCUCGAGAGGACAAGGGGCGCUUUCUUUUAACGGUGAAAACGGCCAGACCGGUCCUAUUGAAUUUCAGUGAAGACAGAUUACUGGUAUUUUAGAGUGUUUUCAGAACUCUAUUUCAAGAAGUAUAUCGAUAUUUACAUCUGCCUAACACGGGAAUUUCAACUAAAAUAUGACCGGUUUGACAAGACCAUUUUGCCUGCUUAAGGAAAGCGAAGCACAGAAGACCCUUGCUUGCAAACCUGUGGCCAGGGAAAAAAUAGCUUAUUAUAUUACGAUAUCUCUCGCAAAUAUUCUGUCACAAAGCCUUGCAAAUAUUAUGUAUAAUGAUUGUAACUGUUGGAACAAAGUUUAAUGUAAAAAAUAGA